AAUAAACACUAAAUCCUAAAUCUAAAUAUUAAGGUAUUUUUGAAUGAAUGUAUUAUUGAAAAAUUGUAACCAACUUAUUAUAUUUCAAGCAAUUAAUCUUAAAUUUGUGGUAAAAGUUAAAUUAACUCUUUUAAAUCAUUUAUAAAUAUCUAAAAUAAUUUAUACAAAUAUUUAUAAAAGUUUAUAAACUCAACUCACUUCCUAUAUGCUAGAUUCUAAACAAUAAUUAGUAGACUCAUAUGUUAAUGUAUUUUUACCCGUGGCCGUGGCGCAUGCUUUUUGUAAAGCUAUUUCGUCAAUUUUAUAGUCAAGCUCCAUUCAAUCGUCAAAUCCGUUGAAGAAGAAGAAACAAACAGCGCAAAGAAGAGAGAUUAUUAUGUUUCUGAAUAAUUAUCAGUUGAACAAAUAUUGUUACAGAUUCUACACUUCUAUCUUAGCGAUUAAUCAACUUGAGCGUUAGCCGUAAGUCAUUGGUCCAAAUCAAUGAAGUAUGUGGAAAUUUGAAAACAAGUGGCCCAAAUCAUUGAUUAGAAGACUUGGCAAAAUAUAGCCUGUCCGACGACUUGAGUCAAUCAACAUAAGUAUGUGGACAAUUUUGAGACAAAUGGCCCAACUGACUGAUAGGAAGACUUGGCAAAGUCAAGACAAUUUGAGUUUUUGUUUUCCUUAAUAAAGAGAGCCAUAAUCAUAUAAAAACAAACACUUUCAUACCAACACAAAAGAAAAUUGAGGUUAUGAUGAUUCCAAACCAAUUUUACUGUCUUUUUGAUAUUGUUACUUUGUAUUUCUUCUUUUUGGGUUUCCUCCUUCUGCACACGUUUGCUUCUCCUGUGCUCCAACAUUGUCAUCAUGACCAGAUGGAUGCUCUUCUUGAGUUCAAACACGAGUUUCUGGUAAAUGAAUUCAACUCAAACUCAUCUUUAAGUUCAUGGAAGACGAAUAGCGAUUGUUGUCUUUGGGAAGGUGUCACAUGCGAUACUAAAUCUGGCAAAGUGAUUUCACUUGAUCUCCAAUACAUCCCUCUCAACAACUUUCUAAAACUUAAUAGUGGUCUUUUUAAAAUUCAGCAUCUUCGUUACCUAAGUCUUAGAGAUUGCCAUCUCCAUGGAGAGAUUCCUUCUUCAUUAGGAAACCUUUCUCAUCUCGAACAUCUUGACCUUUUGGGUAAUUAUUUAGUAGGGGAGGUUCCAGCUUCAGUCGGAAACCUAACCCAACUAAAAUAUUUAAACCUUAACAAUAACAAGUUCACUGGAAAUAUUCAUGUUCCAUUUGCCAACUUUACAAAGCUGACCCACUUAGAUAUCUCAAACAACCAAUUCACAGGUGAAUUCCCCCUUGUACUACUAAAUCUAGCCACUAGUUUGUCCAUUUUAGCCAUUAGCAAUAAUCUGUUUAAAUCCAUAUUUCCAUCUGAUAUGAGUCGAUUCCACAAGUUAGAGCAUAUUGAUGUGGGAGGUAACUCAUUUUUCGGUCCUUUUCCUACACCUUUGUUCAUGAUUCCUUCGUUAACAUGGGUUAAUUUAAGAGAAAACCAGUUUGAGGGACCUAUAGAGUUUAGGAAUAUAUCUUCGUCAUCUAAGCUUCAGAGUCUAUUCCUUAGUCAAAACAAAUUCGAAGGUCCUAUUCCCAAAUCCAUAUCAAAAUUUUCCAAUCUUGAGACUUUAUUUCUUAGUGACAACAAUUUCACAGGAACAAUUCCCAUAUCUAUAUCAAACUUGGUCAACCUUGUUACUUUUGAUAUUAGCCAAAACAAAUUCACUGGACCAAUCCCCAGAUCAAAUUUAGUCAAACUCCAGUAUCUUGAUCUUUCUAACAAUAAGUUGGAAGGUGAAAUACCAGGUUGGUUAGGGGGUGUGUUGGAGUUGAUGCUUUCUCACAACUCUUUCAGCCGUUUUGGAAAGUCAUUAGAAGUUUCAGAUGUAACACAUAUCCAAACGUUGGAUCUGAGUUCAAAUUCUUUCCAUGGACCAUUACCUCAUUGGAUAUGCAAGCUUAGACCAUCAAUGUUCUUGGAUUUGUCUAACAAUAUCUUCAACGGUUCCAUCCAUCAAUGUUUAAGGAACACGAUUGUUCCUCUCAGAGCGCUAAAUCUACAGAACAACAAUCUCACUGGAAUUCUUCUUCAAGAUUUAUUUGUCAACGCUACCAACUUAGAGUUAGUUGACGUUAGCGGCAACAAGUUGGAGGGAAAACUUCCGGAAUCAUUGAUCAACUGCAUUUCUUUGAAGUUUUUAAAUGUAAGAAGCAACAAGAUCAAAGACAAGUUUCCAUCUUGGUUGAGUUCUCUGCCGUCACUAAAUGUCUUAAUCCUCCGAUCAAAUGAAUUCUACGGACCUUUGUAUCAUCCACAUGUGUCCAUUGGGUUUCAAAGUUUAAAAGUCGUUGAUAUAUCACAUAACCACUUCAACGGAACUUUGCCGCCUUUCUAUUUUUCCAAAUGGCAUGGGAUGACCACGUUAAGGGAAGAACAUCAAAGUUACACCGUCUACAUGGGAUAUCCUGCGUAUGGAGGUUUUUACCGUAGUUCGAUGGAAAUGGUGAACAAAGGAGUUGAUACAAAGUUUCAGCGGAUCCGAAAAGACUUCAAGGCUAUUGACUUUUCAGAAAACGAAUUUGGUGGAAAGAUACCGAGUUCCAUUGGAUUUUUGAAAGAACUGCGUCUUCUCAACUUGUCUGGUAACACAUUCACAGGCAAUAUACCUCAAUCAUUGGCAAAUCUGACAAAUCUCGAGGAACUAGACUUGUCUCGAAAUCAGCUGUCAGGUCAGAUUCCUAGUGAGCUUGGCAGUCUAUCUUUUUUGUCAAUUAUGAACUUCUCCCAUAACAAUCUCGAAGGUCCAAUACCGCGAAGCACGCAGUUUCAAAGACAAAACUGUUCAGCAUUCAUGUACAACUCCAACCUCUACGGUCUCGAAGAUAUAUGUGGAAAGACGCAUGUCCCUAAUCCUACACCACAAGAGUCCGAAGAUUUUUCCAAGCCAAAAGAACAAGUGAUUAGUUGGAUUUCAGCUGCGAUAGCCUAUGGACCUGGUGUGUUUUGUGGGUUGGUGAUUGCACAUAAAUUAUCUCCACACGUACACAAGUGGUUCAUGUAAAAGUUCCGUCAUAUGUUCAACACCAUCUUUCUUUAAAUGUUUGUAAAACAUAUGUAUAUUUGUGCUCUUCAAAUGUAUUUUUUUAUAUUAUUAUUUGUUUUAAUAAUCGUGAUGUUUGGUU